AUGGAAAGUGCUUCAGUUUGCUGGUUUGUCAGAAAAAGACCAUAUUGGAAUUUUUCACAGCUCUUUACUUCGUGGUUUAUCCAUUUGUUCGGCGCUUCAUCUGAUGUUAGUGACUUGCGAAAGGUUGAUAGCCAUCAGAUUUACCUACCAACACCCUUAUCUUGUCGCGGUGCAAAAUAUUAAGGUGGCGGUUAUCGUAUUUUGGAUCAUUUCAAUUUUUUAUGUUAUAUUAGGACUUAUCGAUGUAGAAACGGAGGCAGUUACUUUAUCUUUUGAACUUUUAGCAGUUCUAAUUGUCAUUUCGUGUUUUAUUUUCAUUGCGUCUGCUUACACCAUGUACCGUGAAAUACGUCGCCACCGAAAGAAAAUUAAAAAUCAACAGCUGCCGCAGGGAGAAGAGCAAAGAUUCGCAAUAGAAAACAAAGCGUUUAAGACAACUGUGUUAGUUGUAGGUGCUGUUAUUGUAUGUUUUCUACCAAUAGCUUUAACAGUCGCCGUGUUCAUGUUAUUUAAAAUUGACACCAACACGGGCGUGGUCGGUAGUCAGUCAUGCAUUCCCUGUCCAUGGGUGAAUACAUUUAUCAUGUUAAACUCAUUCAUUAACCCCCUGAUUUACUGUUGGAGGCAGAGGGAGAUGAGGAACUAUGUUUUUAGAUUUUCCUGCACUUCAGCAGUGGAACCCUUAGCUAAUACUUCAGGAUGA